CCGUCGCAGCUUCUUCAAGAUUUUGAACUAAGCAUAUUCCUCAAUCAGCCAUCAUGUCUCCCAAGGGCCCCUUCCGUCUCGUCACCGUCAACACUGCUCCUGAGAGAGCCAAGCGCCUGAUCGGCCGCCUUAUCGAGGCCCUCAAGGACCGCUACACUAUCAUUCACGUUGAUAACUGCGAGAAGAUCGAGGAGGUCGAACCCAAGGUCAGGGAGCACAUGCCUGACGUUCUGUUCAGCGCUUCCAUGUGGACCAAGGAGCAGGCUCAGGAAAUCCACUCCAUUGCUCGUUCGAUCAACCCCACCAUCAAGCUCCACGCCAUCCCCGAAGGCCUCCAGGUCGAGCGCGGCCCCGAUGCCAUCGUCGAAUACCUUGUCGAGAAGGUCCCUCCGUUGUUGGAUGCUUAAGUGGACAUUGCUCUGAAGGGGUGAGAGUGCCAGGGGCAACUCACGGAUUAUGUGGUGGAAUUGAUGAUACUCUACGUCCUGUAUAUAGUUUAUUUCACAACAAUGUUCGCG